AUGUACAUGUACAGCGUCGCUCGAUCGGGAGAAAAGUUACAUAUUUGUUUUGCAGUUUCAGUUGUGGGGAGAAUUAUUGUCCUAUCUGGACUUUAAAGCUUGCAAAAUGUUAGCCCGACGUGGCGGUAAGCGGAUUCGCAUGGACGAUCCACCUCCCUAUGAGGAAGGCAUUCACAGUGAUGUACUGAAUGAGAGCACUUCGGACGGAGACAGUCCAACCAAGCGUAUGACCAGAUUGCGUGCCCGUGGAGGUGUGCGCGACAAACCGCCCAUUAUAGAUGAUGAUGAGGACGACUUUUUUGCGCCAGUUGCACGCAAACGAAAGACUCCACAAACACGCAAGCAGCCAGCUGAGCGUAAGGAGCGCGUGGAACGACCGCGUAAAGAACCCGUCGAAAAGUCGCACCAUCAAGAGCGCAUUGACAAUGAGCGUGAAAUAACCACUGAUGAAAACAGCUUGUACUACAUAGUGCGCCAUUCCAAAAAUCCUAUUGCAAACAUUGUAGACCAGUGGAUUGAAGAGUAUAAAACAAACCGGGAGACGGCACUUGUUACUUUGAUGCAGUUUUUUAUAAAUGCCAGCGGUUGCAAGGGUAAAAUAUCAAAGGAUAUACAAUAUCCAGUUGAUCAUACAGCCAUUAUAAGAAGAAUGACGGAAGAGUUUGAUGAGGAAAGCGGCGAGUAUCCAUUGAUUAUGACUGGCACACAGUGGAAGAAAUUCAAAAAUAACUUCUGUGAUUUUGUGCAAACGCUUGUUAAACAAUGCCAGUAUUCCAUUAUCUAUGAUCAGUUUCUGAUGGACAAUGUUAUAUCACUGCUGACAGGCUUGUCCGAUUCCCAAGUCCGUGCUUUCCGCCACACUGCAACUCUGGCAGCCAUGAAAUUGAUGACAGCCUUGGUAGAUGUGGCUUUGCUCGUUUCAAACAAUUUUGAUAAUGCAGCAAAACAGUUUGAAGCGGAGUGUGUAAAGUCUCGCGACCGUCGCGCUUCUGAUCGUCUAGAUUCUCUGAAUACCAAACGUUCCGAGCUUGAGGAGAACAUGGAUGAGAUAAAGAGCAUGUUAACGUACAUGUUUAAGUCGGUAUUUGUACAUCGAUAUCGCGAUGCAUUGCCAGAUAUUCGUGCCAUUUGUAUGGCAGAGAUAGGCAUAUGGAUGGAGAAUUAUCCGCAGAAUUUUCUUGAUGACUCCUAUCUAAAAUACAUUGGCUGGACACUUCAUGACAAGGUUGGAGAGGUGCGCUUGCGUUGUUUGCAAUCGCUUUUGCCUCUCUAUGAUCAAGACGAGCUAAAGGGAAAACUUGAACUUUUCACGUCGAAGUUUAAAGAUAGAAUUGUGGCCAUGACACUGGAUAAGGAAUUUGAAGUAUCCGUCCAUGCAGUCAAGCUGGUUAUUAGUAUAUUAAAAAUCCAUCCUGAGAUUUUGGCUGAUAAGGAUUGUGAAAUUGUCUAUGAGUUGGUUUACUCCUCUCAUCGUGGUGUCGCUCAAGCUGCCGCAGAAUUCCUCAACGUGCGGCUCUUCCAUCUGACCGCUGACAUGGAAGAAACAAAGACCAAGCGAGGCAAGGUGCGUUUGCCCAAUACGCCGCUUAUACGUGAUCUGGUACAAUUCUUCAUUGAAUCUGAGCUUCAUGAACACGGCGCCUACCUGGUUGACUCGUUUAUUGAUAGCAAUGUCAUGAUGCGCGAUUGGGAAUGCAUGACGGAUUUACUGCUGGAAGAGCCUGGACCAAAUGAAGAGGUGCUGGAUAAUAAGCAAGAAUCCACGCUCAUAGAGAUCAUGGUCAGCAGUGUCAAGCAAUCGGCAACGGGUGAAGUGCCUGUAGGACGCGCUAGCAAUCGUAAAUUCACACUCAGCGUCAAAGAGGUGAAAGCCAUUCAGGAUGAAAAGGCAAAACUAACAGAACAUUUUAUCGUAACACUGCCAGCACUGCUCGAGAAGUAUCAGGCCGAUAGCGAGAAGUUGGCCAAUUUGCUGGCAGUGCCGCAAUACUUUGAUUUAAAUCUAUAUACAACCAACAGACAAGAGGGAAACUUACAGGCGCUGCUCGACAAAAUUAGUCAGGUAAUGUGCAAGCAUACUGGACGCGAUGUUCUUGAGACCUGUGCCAAGACUUUGGAGUGCCUUUGCGCCGAAGGCAGUGCUACCUACACACGCUGCAACAUAGCUCGCUCCAAUAUUAUUGAAAGUGCUGUCAACAAAUACAAAGACGCCAUUGAUGAAUGGCGAAAUUUAAUACAGGGCGAAGAAACACCUAAUGAAGACGACAUCUAUAACAUAACCAUAACUCUUAAGGUUUUAUCUAUUUUGUAUUCAUCGCACAAUCUUAACCCGUGGGAACUAUUCAAAUCGCUAUUCCAAGACGUUGAGGAGGCACAAUCCAAAGAGAAUGGAGAACGUUGUCUUCCUAACGAGGCCUUGGCCUAUUGUAUUGAGGCCUGUUAUUUUUCAAUUAGUUGGGGACUUUAUUAUGUGGAGAACGAGUGUGAAACUAUGCAUAUUUCUGAUGCUGUGGCGGAAUUGCGCAGCAAUUUGGACACAUUCAUGUCAGCCUGUUUUGAGUUGACGCGUGAUGGUCCGACGGUGCAAAUACAAGAGGCGGCCUAUCAAUCUGUUUGCGACCUACUUAUUAUAUUUUCCGACCAACUGGGGCGCAGUGAGAUUGAACAGAUUCGAAGCUUGGAGUAUAAGUCUCGUAUGGAUGAGCAUUUAAUCCUGGACAAUUUUGUACAACACUAUGUCUUUUCGUUGAAACAAGUUGUUGCGCAGGAUGAGACUCGUAUUGAAGAACUGCACAAGAAACGCAAUUUUUUGGCUUGUUAUUGCAAACUCAUUGUCUACAACAUUAUACCCACAAUGAGAGCAGCGACAAUUUUCAAAUACUAUGUGAAGUGCUACAUGGAAUAUGGCGAUAUUAUCAAAGCCACACUGGGCAAGGCACGCGAGAUCAACAAAGUCAACUUCGCUAUGACGUUACUACUGAGCCUGAUAACGGUCUUCAAAAGCUUGCAGGAUCAAUCUGAAGAUGGCAUGGUAGCCAAAAAUUCUCAGGAAUUUACCGAUCUUAAAGAGUUGGCCAAACGCUUUGCGUUGACAUUUGGUUUUGAUGCGAUAAAAAAUCGCGAGUCAGUUGCAGCUAUUCAUCGUGGUGGGAUCUAUUUUGCGGCCAACAAACAACCGGAUGAUCCAGUGCGUGCACCGACACGACUGCUAUUUCUCGAAGUUCUGAACGAGUUCAAUUACAAAUUACUCAAACAAGAUAAGAAGGUAAUUAUGGGCUUUCUGGAUAAGGUAAUACCACCUGGAAUGCCAUCUAGUCGUGCCGAGGAGUGGCAACCGCUAGUGCUGUAUCGGAAUUCAUUGCUUCAUGGCGAAACUGACCAGGCCCCGGUGGCUACACGUCGUGCAUAUACCCGCAAACGCAGAGAACACGAUGAUGAAGAAGAAGAGGAGGAGGAUGAAGAGGAACACAAUGAUCCGGAUUAUCGAGGCUAAGAAUUGGAUAUAUGCUUGUGCAAGCCCAGUUAUUCUAUGUCCGGUGAUAAGAUGAUUUUAAGUUAAACAUUUCUAAGAUUAAAGUAAAGUUUUUGUAGUUUGUAAAAGUUUAAUUUAAGACAAUCACUCUCAAAUUUUAACUUUUUAAUAAAAAAUUAAUUUAGCAAUUUAAA